GGGAUAUCUCCCGUGACACUCGUACAAGAGGUCAUCCGUUCAAAAUCCGAGUGAGCCGCAGUCAAGUUGACGCCAGAGCCCGCUUCUUCUCCCAGCGUGUCGUCCAAGACUGGAACUCCCUGCCGACCUGGGUGGUCACAUCCAAGACACUGAAGGAGUUCAAGUCUGCCUUGGAAACCUGUCUCGGAAGUCGACUAUUUGAUUAUCUCCAGUAGCUGAAAAAGAAACACACCCAAUCAAUCCUGCCUGUCCCUGGUAGGCGCCCCCUCUUAUCAAGCAAGAGUGGGGUUAUACGCGCCAGGGACUCCCAUCCCCGCCCUUGUUCCUAAUUCCCUCCCCAAAUCCUCACUAUCUUGUCUAUCCAUUCUGAUUCAUCUCAUUCUCCAUAUGUUACUCACUUCAUCGCACAUCUUAGUCAACACUUCUUUUGUUGUUGCAAAUUGCACAAAGACUACCUCCACCAGCAACAACUAUACCCAAGCAGACGUACCAUUCCAACCCUUAACAAUUGCACAGUCCAGUUCUGAAUGUCCUGCUUAUCUAUUGUCCGGGUUGGCACGUCUCUCUUCGACACGGUUUCCUGUCUAAUAACCCUACCACCAUCUGGGCAAUGAGCAAGGAAACCUAACAGAGCUGGUAAGGUGCCUUCACAGCCGAUAGUCAUGUCAUUUUUGUUUGAAGUUGAGCAUGGAAGGCAGUGGUUCCAAUACGAUGCCACCGUCCAAACGUAUCUGCAGGAUGGACCGCAAGACGGUGGCACUACGGUGGCGCUGAAGUUGAACGAUGCGGACGUGACGGUCAACUUUGAGGAAAUGACGCAGGCCAGCUCGACGGCCAAAAAGCCCACCAGGAUCCGAUGCGUGAAAACUGAUGGCACAGGCAGCUUCAGUUGGAGCAUCAAAGAGGGCAAGAAGGAGACAUAUCUGCCCAUGUCCAUCAUUGAGCUGCUGGAGGACGCCCUCGCGAAGAAGAAGGCCAAGUUCGUGCGACAGGGGGUCACCUACGACCUCAAAAACAUGGCUCGGAAGAAGAAGGGCGACGUCGACAUGGAACUGGUGCGGGUCACCUGCUCUGGCAAGGCGUACGACGCCAAACACAAGCCGGUGGCGGGCCUGAAGCCUGCUGAUGCUGCGGGGGACGCCCAGAACGGCGCUGGAAAUGCCAAGAACGACGCUGGAAAUGCCAAGGAUGCCGGCGAUACCGCCAAGAAGGACGCACCCACCAAGAAAGGUAGCAAGAGGAAGAACGCCGCCGCGGCAGCCGCCGACGCCGACGCCGACGCCGGGCCUCAGAUGAAGUCAGUGGUGCUCAAGGGCCGCGCGCCCGUGGACACCGAGUGCCCGGUGGCCGCCGCCAACCACGUCUACUGCGAGGGCGACGACGUCUGGGACUGCAUGCUGAACCAAACCAACAUCGGCAACAACAACAACAAGUACUACCUGAUCCAGCUGCUGGAGAAGGACGGCAGCGGCUCCUACAGCGUCUGGAUGCGCUGGGGCCGCGUCGGCUUCAAGGGACAGAACAGCCUGACCACCUACGGAGCCAACCUGGAGGCCGCCAAACGCGCCUUCGCCUCCAAGUUCCAAGACAAGACUAAAAAUGCGUGGCGGAACAGGGCCGACUUUGUAAAGGUUCCGGGGAAGUACGAUCUGCUCAAAAUGGACUAUGCUGAGGAUGAACCCGACGCCAAGAAACUCAAAACCGAGGCCGAAAAGAAGAAAAAGAAGGAAAUCGCUCCGUGUUCACUGGAGAAGAAGGUGCAGGACCUGAUCGAGCUGAUCUGCAACGUCAAGGCCAUGGAGGAGGCCGUGAUGGAGAUGCAGUACGACGCCAAGAAGGCGCCGCUGGGGAAGCUGACUGAGGAUCAGAUCAAGGCUGGGUACGAGGCCCUCAAAGAGAUCGACGAGCUCAUUAAGGCCAACAAGACGGGCAGGGAGCUGGUGGACGCCUGCAGCGCCUUCUACACGCGCAUCCCACACUGCUUCGGGAUGCGUCCUCCGACCAUCAUCCGCACUGCGCACGAGGUGAAGCUGAAGCUGGAGCUGCUGGAGGCGCUGGGAGACAUCCAGACGGCGCUGAAGCUGAUCGGGGAGGAGGAGGAGUCGGGUGACGGCAAGGCGCGCCACCCGGCUGACUCCCAGUACCACGCACUCAAUGUGGAUAUCAAACACCUGUCGCCCAGUGAUCAGGUGUACAAGACGCUGGAGAAGUACCUGGAGACCACCCACGGUCACACGCACAUGGGCUACGGCCUGAAGCUGCUGGACGCAUUCUCCGUCACCAAACGCUCCGAGGAGGAGCGCUUCGUCGACCACGGCAACCGCAUGCUGCUGUGGCACGGCAGCCGGCUCACCAACUGGGCCGGCAUCUUCGGCGCCGGACUGAAGAUCGCCCCGCCCGAGGCGCCCUGCACCGGAUACAUGUUCGGCAAGGGUAUCUACUUUGCCGACAUGGCCAGCAAGUCUGCCAACUAUUGCUGCGCGUCGCGCUCCAAGAACGAGGGCAUCCUGCUACUCUGCGAGGUCUCGCUGGGCAAGCCGAACCAGUUGUAUAACGCCAACUACAACGCGGACAAGCUGCCCAAGGGGAAACACUGCACCAAGGGCAUGGGCACGGUGGCCCCGCCCUCUACUAACUACGUCACACUUGACGACGGGGUGGUCGUGCCGAUGGGGCCGGCGAAGGACACCCCCGACAAGAACAAGGCCUGUCUGAUGUACAACGAGUACAUCGUUUAUGACGUGGCCCAGGUGCGCAUGCGCUACGCCCUGCGCGUCAAGUUCGCGUUCAAGUGAGGCGGUCGGGUUGAGCGAGCGGCGGUCGGUUGGUGGGUCGACCGGCGGGUGGAACGGGCCACCUAGUGAUCUGUACGUACUGGUACCUGUGCGUGAGUACCCGUGGCCAAAGAGCAUUUGGGUAGUGCGGUCACGGGCCGCUCUUAGUAGCCACAGCAACGCCGGGGAGGAAGCGCGGCCGUGCGUCGGCCGAGAUAGUCACAUUCCCAGGGAGUGCCGAGCUCAUUUCAUCGCGCGGAGCUGGCGUCGUUUUACCGAGUUUUGUUGGCGCAGCUGUGAGUUGUUUGUGAUCGGUGAGCACUGUGCGGUGCCGCCAUGCUUAGUUAGUCAUGUGCCUAGAACGUGUCAUUAUAUCUGUGAUUCACCUGCCUUU